AACGUUCAAAGAAAUGGCCGUUGAUACUUUCAGUGUUGUCACGCGCGUCGGAUCCAUCGUUGUGGCACUCUUUAUUAUUGGCACGUCAAUUGCUACGUUGAGAGUCAUCAGCGACAACGAUAAGCUGGUGCACUACAGGGAUCUUCAGGACAACGGAGAACUUGAUGAACUGAGCCAAAAUGAGAGAGCACUUCGAGGCCUCAUCAUCUUCACCCAAGCCGCCGCCGUCUGGGGCAUCAUACUCUGCACCUUUACCACCAUCGCGGGCGUUCUUUCCGUCAUCAUAGUUGUCAUCAACAGGCAAUCCAUCGGGAAGAUUAUCCUCGGAGUUAUUGAAAUCGUCUUCAUUGUCAUCGGGACGUUGUUGUACCUCAGUCUCGGCAUCGCUUGCGCCGUGCACGCAGCCGAUUGGGGAGAGCCGCCGGAAACCUGCACCGAACGCUUCCGGGACCUCUCCGACACAAGUAAUAACAGUGACGACUUCGACGACAUCUGCAACAGCGUGGCGCUGAACACCACCAACUCCCUGCAAGCCGUUUUUUCCUUCGUUGAAAUUGGAGUGUUUGGAGCAGUAAUCCUGGCAACAAUCUUCAGCCUCAGGUCAAAACCCACUACUACCAACACCAUAAGUGCCCAAGAAAAAUCGUAACAGAGGAUUUCAUCACGCGGACAACACUUCAUUUAUAAAGAAAGGCUAUAUUAUUAUAAUCAUUAUCAUUGUGACAGUUCAUAUUCAUGUACGUACUGUAUAAUCAUUGGAACCCACAUAUGGACCAGC